AUGAAUUAUCAAGCCAAAGAACUCACCAAGAAGGAAAUUGAGGUACUUUGUUGCAUAGGCAAAAAAUAUAGUAGCUUAUUUGAGGAAAGUGUUCUCUACAUACUGCAUUUACAUAAGUCAUAUCUAUUGACUGGGGGGCAUAGAAAUGAAUGAAAAUAUAUUUUGUCCAUUAUUGUCCUGACUGACAAUCUGCUUCCUUCUCAGGCUUUUCUUGAAGAUGAAACUGUGAAGAAGAGGCUGGUCAAGUCGUACAAGCUCAUGCUGGACUUCUACGGCAUACAGAUGUCAAAUGACACAACAGGGGAAGUGCGACGUGCUAAUAACUGGCGUGACAGAUUUGACAACAUGGACAGGUUAACAAGUUCUAUAUUUGGUCAUUUAACUGUUAUUAUUUUGUAUAAUCCUUGCAAUACUACGAUUUCAGUUUUAAAAUGAACCUUCUGUGAAUAACAGUGCUCAGAAUAACAGUACCCUUGCAUUUUUGUUGGUCUUGUGUUUUUUCUAUGGUAGACAUACACACAACAACCUGCGCAUCACCCGCAUCCUGAAGUGCCUGGGCACUCUGGGGUUCCCCCACUACCAGGCCCCACUGGUCCGCUUCUUCCUGGAGGAAACUCUUGUUAAAGGCCAGCUGUACAAUGUGAAGGAGAGCGUGCUCAACUACUUCAUCUUCGCUGUCAUUGAUAAGCAACAACGCAGGGAAUUAGUUAAGUAUGCCUAUGAGGUCAAACAUGAGUUGGUGUCGUGCCCUAAGAAGAUCAAGAGUACAUUUAGGGAGGGGACAUUCCCAGAUUAUAAAAACCCAAUUGAUCUGAAACUAGAUCUGAAACAGAAUGGCAUAUACUCAGAUGACAGUGAUGACAACACUACCAGUCAUCAGUCUGUCUCACUAUGUUAA